CAGGAAGUGAAAAUUGGUUAGAAAAUAAUAACAAUAAUUAUUUAUUGUGAAAUAUAUUCGUAGUGAAGUUUCCAGUAACCCAUAAUAUUCAUGUAUUAGAAGUUUACGGUAUGCUGCUAUGGGUUGUACCUCAUCGGUUCCUACAAAUAAAGAUGAAAAUACAGCUAAUAUAACCAUAAAUAUUAUAGAAGCUACAAGUCUUGGAGAUUUCAGUGAGUUAGGUAACAAAAGGGGAAGCAGCUCAACCAAUCAUAAGAAUAGUGAUACAUGUAAAAAUGGCCAGUCCAGUUAAACUCAGUGAAGUCGUUUUAACUGGUCAUAAAAAUGAUUUAGCUUUUAUCAAGAAAUUAGCAGAUUCGUUGAAAGCUGGUAAUCUAGAUGUCUGGUUCCAUGAUCCGUCGAGUAAUGAAAGAGGCGCAGGACAAAGAAAAAGUCAAGCUAUUAUGGGCUGUAAGAUUUUUGCACCAGUUUUAAGUAAAGAUUCUGUCCAAGAAAAGAGUUUUAGUGAUGAACUAGCUUUAGCCUAUAUUUCUAACUCUGCUAUUUUCCCUGUUGGUCUGAGUUCAUUCCCUGAGAUAUCAGCUGUUUUAGAUGUUGGAUCGAAGUUAAUUUUAGCUCGAAUUAAUUGGAUAUUUGUUUGUGAAGAUUCUGAAUAUAAUGACAGCAUCAGUAAUUUGAUGAAGAGUGUAAAUCACCAACUUGAAUUAAUGAACAACAUGGAUACAACAGUUGAAAUAGGAACCAGUAACUUUAUUGAAACUCACGGCAUGGUAAUCAGCGCCAAUCAAUUUACUCACACAAGCAACGACUACGAACGAGCGAUUUCACCGCCCAAAUCCCCGGAGGUUCAGGAUACUCAAACUGUGGACUUCUGGGAUCUCCAUUUCAAGAAUAGAACGCAAGUUAAAUGGACGGAAUUCCGGGACAAGUUUCAACAAGACUACAACAGUAGAAUCGCGGAGCUGUUUACGGAGGAUAAUCAGAAGUUAUUUCGUAAUUUAAUGUAUCAGGACAUCUUUGAUUUGCGUAAGACCGUCGAACGAAAAGUUUACGAUAAAUUCUGUAAUGAUAAUCCCUACUCGGAUCCUCACUGCUUCUUUAAUCAGCUACAGGAAUACGUCAUAGCUCACAUAUCGUUACGUCAAGUAUUCAACAUGGACAGUACGCUUCGAAUCACUACCAUUCAAAAUCUAGGUAAUUUUUCGUUUCCAGCGAUUGUUCGUGGUUUAACAGAUAUGUUAAAAGAUGAAGAUCCAAAUAUUCGUGCUGUGGCCGCCAUUGCUUUAGCUAAAUCAGGAAAGAAUCGUCCAGAUACUGUGUAUAAGUUUAUGAUAUUUAUAUUUUAUAGGAAAGAAUCGUCCCGAUACUGUGUUUAA